AUGUUCACCGUCAAAGUUGCGGGACCACGGUCAUGGCCAACCGCAAACCCAUGGAGUUGAGGAACGUACUUAUCGCUUAUAAUCUUUUCCAAGUUAUAUUCAGUUCUUGGCUGUUUUAUGAGCUUGGCAUAUCAGGUUGGCUGACUGGCAGGUAUAAUUUCCGGUGUGAGCCGGUAGAUUACUCGAAUGAUCCAAUGACCCUGCGGAUGGUCAACAUAUGUUGGUGGUAUUAUUUCUCAAAAUUCACAGAAUUCAUGGACACGAUAUUCUUUGUUCUCCGAAAAAAGGAUAGGCACAUUUCGACCCUGCACGUGAUUCAUCAUGGAGUGAUGCCAAUGAGUGUGUGGUUUGGAGUUAAGUUCACACCAGGAGGUCACAGCACUUUCUUCGGACUGCUGAACACCUUCGUUCAUAUUAUAAUGUACGCAUAUUACUUGUUGGCUGCCCUUGGACCUAAUGUGCAGAAAUACUUGUGGUGGAAGAAGUACUUGACCACCCUGCAGAUGAUGCAAUUCUUGGCUAUCAUGUUGCAUGCGUUCCAACUUCUAUUCAUCGACUGCAACUACCCGAAGGCAUUUGUCUGGUGGAUCGGCAUGCACGCCGUCAUGUUCUUCUUCCUGUUCAAAGAGUUCUAUAAGCAACAAUAUACAAAACCAUCAAAACAAGCGGCCGGUGCUCAGGCUAAACCUUCGGUCAACGGCUCGUCCAAGUCCAAUGGCUACAGCAAACAAUCGGACUAUUACAUAAACAGCAACGGUCUGUCUAGGCCUGACCUAGUACACAGGGCCACGGCUGGAGCGCACUGACCGCCGUCGUCACUGAUGACGUCAAGCCACAGCAGCCGCCGACGUCGCCGUUGUCGCCGCUGUCUCUGCUAAAUGGUCACUGCUGUCGUCUUCGCCGCCAACAACAAUAUUGCUCAACACGCCCAAAUUAAUAUUAUUUGAUCCACGUACACGUCUGUGUUCCGAACAGACUUUUUUUUUUAGUGGACAAAUUUCUCUAUCCCUCUUACUCCCUCCCCCUCUUUUUCUCUCUAUCUCUAUCUCUCUACGUCUCUUUUCUCCCUUUUUAUUAUUAGACAUAAUUAUUUUUAAUAUUAUCAUAUCGUAUAUAUAUAUUAUUAUUACUAUUUAGUAUAAUAAUGUAACCUAUUUUUUGUCUCGUUUGUCUUACUCCUCUAUCAUCGCCGAGUCGAAUUGCGGCUGAUCGUUGUUACGAUCGCUGCUGAUUGUACGAAAGGAAGAAAAACCUAUUCUGCUUAAAAAAAAAAAAGAAAUCGA